CUCUCCCACAACAGCUCAUGUCUUAUUCUGAGUCUGCGGUAGCAUUAACUUCGAUCACUUCCCCGCACUAUACCCCACAAAUAUUCACCCCAUUGCCGUGAUUUAUUAUCAGUAUCCCACCUGCGACUCGUCAUAAAAAAGAGGAGUUCAACUUCUAAGCCAGCGACAGGAGAAAUGAUCACAGUUCGAUCGAUGUGAGCGUUUCACAAGUCCAAUGACCCACGUGGGAUGACACAUUCGGGGUUUGCCAUACCCAAUUAUAAAGGUCGCAUGACUUUGAUCUCAGAAUUCUAAACUCUUGCUCUCCUUUCCAUACCAUCAUGAAUCGAGACAACAAUGACAAGGACGACUCCGUAAACCAUUCUCAACCAAUUCCGAUGGCCACACACCACUGGAGGCAUCGCUCCAUGUCCGUCUCAUCGGAAUCAUCCACUUUGCCUGGAUCAUCUCCCCCACAACUUCAGACUCCAUUGAGCCUCAAUUCUCCCCGUGUUCCCGUCGCAUCGCCAUCCAGUUCUCCAAUCCUUUCCUUCCUCUCUCAAUCCCCAUCUUCAAAAUCCCCAUCUUCCCUUCCUUACCGUGGCUUCGGUGGUCAACCCUCCUUUGAUGAUGACGCCCUUGACGAACUUCCAGCAAUCGCUCAUGCUCGUCGGGGUGGCACCUCUGCCCGGUUUGCGCCCGCUCCACCUGCCCCUGAAGCCCAAAAUGACCGUGGAGCUGGGUUGUUAAGGCGUUUGUCGCUCGGGAGCGCCCUUGCAAAGCCCCCAAACAUGGAUAAUGCUCAACCUCCAAGUCCCACGGGCUCUACUGCUCCACCUAACUCCGCAGUCUCCCCUACCUCAACCACUUUACCCUCAUUUCCUACUCGUAAGGCGAGGCGCUCGGCAACGGUGAGCAUCGACACUGGACGCCGCCAUCGCGCGCCUUCUCCCAUGGGCGAGAGGAUCCUCAAGGGUCAUUUCGACGGCUUCAAUUAACUAGGCAAUAUGACCCACCAUUUCUUCGUCUUACCACAUACCCUCGGACUCUCGCGCGAACAGUAUUCUUCAAAAUGUACCACCCAUAAUCACCCUGAUUGGAGAAUCAACAACGUCUCGGUCAAGUAGCUGCCACACCCCUAAUGCGUUCUUAUAUCUAUUGGUUGGCUCAAACCACUCUGUUCAAACUCUCACUUCCAACUUGUAUCAUCACUGCUCUCACUUGCCACAUUUGCAUUGAGGCGUCUCAUUCCAUCAUCAUCAUAUACACCCACACUUUUUCGUUUCUCAUCUUCUAGUGCACAACUUGUAAUUUGUAUCGCUUCUAGUCCAGUUUCGUCUUCUACUGUACAUGUACUACCACGAACGUCUCACGACGAAUAAAAACUCAUCAUCACAGGGUGUUAUGAGCGUUCCCUCCGCG